CCAACCAGAGCCUGAGGGCGGAGCGCGGCCUCCCCCUGCCCAGAGGCGCCGGCUCCACCCCUCUGCCCGGCAAUUGGUGAAUUGGCAGCUCCGGGGGCGGAGAUGAGCGGUGUCCCUCCACCUCCUCCAAUGGAAAUGAGGCAGAGGCGGGCCCAGGGGCGAGAGGACCAUGGCGUGGACACAGCUGAAAAGGCGGGCCCAGGAUGCCUUGAUCAUCCUGGGGGGUGGAGGACUGCUCUUCGCCUCUUACCUGACGGCCACGGGGGAUGAGCAUUUCUACGCUGAACACUUGAUGCCGACUCUGCAGGGGCUGCUGGACCCCGAGUCAGCCCACAGGCUGGCUGUUCGUGUCACAGCCCUGGGGCUCCUUCCUCGUGUCACAUUUCAAGACUCCGACAUGCUGGAAGUGCGAGUCCUGGGCCAUAAAUUCCGAAAUCCAGUAGGAAUUGCCGCAGGAUUUGACAAGCAUGGGGAGGCUGUGGACGGACUGUACAAGAUGGGCUUUGGUUUUGUUGAGAUAGGCAGCGUCACCCCAAAACCUCAGGAAGGAAACCCCAGGCCCCGAGUCUUCCGCCUCCCCGAGGACCAAGCUGUCAUUAACAGAUACGGAUUUAACAGUCACGGGUUCUCGGUGGUGGAACACAGGUUACGGGCCAGACAGCAGACGCAGGCCAGACUCACAGAAGGUGGGCUGCCACUGGGAAUAAACCUGGGGAAGAAUAAGACCUCGGUGGAUGCUGCCUCGGACUACGCAGAGGGGGUUCGAGUCCUGGGCCCCUUGGCUGACUACCUGGUAGUGAACGUGUCCAGUCCCAACACAGCAGGGCUGCGGAGCCUUCAGGGAAAGGAUGAGCUGCGCCACCUGCUGACCAAGGUGCUGCAGGAGAGGGAUGCCCUGAAGGGAGCGCACAAACCGGCCCUGCUGGUGAAGAUCGCACCCGACCUCACGGCCCAGGACAAGGAGGACAUCGCCAGUGUGGUGAGAGAGCUGGGCAUCGAUGGGUUGAUUGUGACGAACACCACAGUGAGUCGCCCUGCCAGCCUCCAGGGUGCCCUGCGCUCUGAAACAGGAGGGCUGAGUGGGAAGCCCCUCCGGGACUUAUCGACGCAAACCAUCCGGGAGAUGUACGCACUCACCCAAGGCAGAGUUCCCAUCAUCGGGGUUGGCGGUGUGAGCAGCGGGCAGGACGCACUGGACAAGAUCCAGGCGGGGGCCUGCCUGGUGCAGCUGUACACGGCCCUCACCUACUGGGGGCCGCCUGUGGUGGGCAGAGUCAAGCGGGAGCUGGAGGCCCUUUUGAAGGAGCAGGGUUUUCCCAGCGUCACAGACGCCAUUGGAGCAGACCAUCGGAGGUGAGGACACUGUCGGUGGGAAGCCCGGUCUAGACGCUUCUUCCCACUAAGUCAGGCGAACCUCUGUGGCUGGAUCGAGAGAGGGAGGACUGUCUCAAGCCACAUCCGCAAACCACAGGAGCCCCUUCUGUGAGGCCAGGCGGACCAUCAGAGCCACUUGCGAGGGUCCCAGAAUCAACACAAAACUUUCUGCAGUCACCUGCCAGGAGGAACUGCAGCCGGGACCUUUUCCAGACUCAAAUCCCAGGAUCCUUUCAUAUUGCAAGGACAUGAGAUAUUUGGGGACUGGAGGGCUCAUGGAAAAAAAUAAAGCAAUUUAAAACCUGGA